GUGAGGGGUGGGAACAAAAACUUGCCUGACCUCGCCCAGCCUUUGCUUCAUUCCGACGGGCCCCUAACCAACAAGACGCUGCGAGAAAGCUGCACCGUUACACCAGGUUUCCGUGGAAGGGGGAUUCUGACACAGUUGUGUCAAUAAAGUUCAUACACCAUGUUUAGGAAGACCUUAAAAAAGGACCCCGAGCUGUUUCAGAACGUGGCGGACGGGCUACGGCAGCUUUACCGGACCAAACUGUUCCCUCUGGAGGACACGUAUCGAUUCCACGACUUCCACUCUCCUGCCCUCGAAGAUGCCGACUUCGACAACAAGCCCAUGGUGCUGCUGGUGGGACAGUACUCCACCGGCAAAACCACUUUCAUCCGCCACCUCAUGGAGCAGGACUUCCCCGGCAUGCGGAUCGGGCCCGAACCGACCACGGACUCUUUUAUCGCGGUGAUGCACGGGGAUCAGGACGGGGUGAUCCCGGGUAACGCACUGGUCGUCGACCCGAAGAAGCCCUUCCGCAAACUCAACGCCUUUGGAAACGCCUUCCUUAACAGGUUCAUGUGUGCCCAGUUGCCCAACCCAGUCCUGGAGAGCAUCAGCAUCAUCGACACUCCCGGAAUCCUGUCGGGAGAGAAGCAGAGGAUCAGUCGAGGGUACGACUUUGCCGCCGUGUUGGAGUGGUUUGCGGAGCGUGUGGACCGCAUCAUCCUCCUGUUCGAUGCUCACAAGCUCGACAUCUCCGAUGAGUUCUCCGAGGUGAUCCGUGCGCUCAAGAACCACGAGGACAAAAUGCGCGUGGUCCUGAACAAGGCCGACCAGAUCAGCACGCAGCAGCUCAUGAGGGUUUACGGGGCACUCAUGUGGUCCCUGGGAAAAAUAAUCAACACGCCAGAGGUGGUGCGCGUGUACAUCGGCUCAUUUUGGGCCCAGCCCUUGCUGGUGCCGGACAACAGGAAGUUGUUUGAGGCUGAGGAACAGGACCUCUUCACGGACAUCCAGUCCUUGCCCCGCAACGCUGCUUUACGAAAACUCAACGACCUCAUCAAACGAGCGCGCCUCGCAAAGGUGCACGCGUACAUUAUCUGCUCGUUGAAGAAGGAAAUGCCAAGUGUGUUUGGAAAGGACUCGAAGAAGAAAGAGCUGAUUGCGAACUUGGGCGAGAUCUACUUGAAGGUGGAGAAGGAGCACCAGAUCUCACCCGGAGACUUCCCCAACCUUGCUAAGAUGCAGGAGCUCCUCAACGCUCAGGACUUUUCCAAGUUUGCCGCCAUGAAGCCCAAGCUGCUGGAGGCGGUGGAGGACAUGCUGGCCAACGACAUCGCCCGCCUCAUGGCCUUGGUGCGCCAGGAGGAGGCGGCGCUGCCCAGCAACUCUGUCAAGGGCGGCGCCUUCGAGGGAACCAUGAGCGGCCCCUUCGGCCACGGCUACGGCGAGGGGGCCGGCGAGGGCAUUGACGACCUGGAAUGGGUGGUGAACCGCGACAAGCCCUCGUACGACGAGAUCUUCUACACGCUGUCGCCCAUCAACGGCAAAGUGUCCGGCGCCGCCGCCAAGAAGGAGAUGCUCAAGUCCAAACUGCCCAACACGGUGCUGGGAAAGAUCUGGAAGCUGGCCGACGUGGACCGAGAUGGCCUCCUGGACAACGAAGAGUUCGCCCUGGCCAACCACCUGAUCAAAGUCAAGCUGGAAGGCCACGAGCUGCCCGCCACGCUGCCACACCACCUGGUGCCCCCGUCCAAGCGCGUCUCUACGCUUCAGGAAUAGAGCUUCACUUCCUGUUCGGGACUCUCCCCAUGCCAGAGAGAGACUGAGGGCUUGUGGGAAGAAGGAGUUGAUUUCUUGUGAAUUAGGUGAUGAAAUGUUGAAAAUGCAGCUCUGGAGAAAAAUUAAGAGACCAAAGAAACACUGGUUAUUCUCCUUUUUCAUUUCCUCCAAAUAAACGCUCUAAAUCAGUGGUUCUCAAACUUUUUACACCAAGUACCACAUCAACACAUACGUGCUCUCUUCAUAUACAACCACAAUGACAAACAUUUACUGGAAAUAUAUUGUAGUGGUGUGAAAUUGUCCCCCCACCCCCACCCCAAAACAAACCAAUCGAAAACAAUAAUUGCAAAUGUACUUGAGAGUUAAAUACGAUUGAACUGUACCCAAUAAAUCGCCUGUCUGGAUUAAAAUGAAAUGAAGUCUGUCCCAAAAUGUACUUUGAAAGUUCAGUGAUUCUUUCACAUAUUACGAGAGGGAGCCAGAAGUAGUACAAAAGAAUCACGGCUCUAAAUAACAAUAUUUGUAUGUACGUUUUGGGAUCUUAUCAGUAAUUUGCAGAAUAAAACUCAAAAUGUUCAUUCCACUCAAACAUACAGGAUAUCGUUAUUAUAAAUGUCAAAAAGUGUUUUGCAGUCGCCACUUUCCCCAGAGCUGCACCGAAUGACUAAAUAGGGAAGGCGAGAGUGGAGUGAUUUUCCACAUGAGAGGACAUUGCUACAUCCCAAACCAAUUCACUAGGUCGCGGGAUGUUGCAUGAUGCGUCUAAACCUAAAUUUACAUCUGUGUGUAAAAGAUGUCUUAUAGUAUAUAUAGGCCACAUUAUUUGUUGAUCCAAAGAAAUAUAGGGGUUUUUUUGUGGUCAAUUUAGAGAAAGAGGAAAUAAAUCAUUUCACCUAUAUUUUUGGAUUUCCUGGCUUUGACUCCAAAUGCUUCCCUUUUUGUUAUUUUGCCAGAUAAAUAAAAAGGAACGUUUAUCAUUCUG